AUAAGAGCGGCAUUAAACGAUGUGGGCGUGGUUUGUGUGUGGCGGGUGUUUUCGGAGUUAAACAGUAUAAUCUGGCGGGAAGGUGUUUUAGGACACGGAGAGGCGGAACUAUACGGAGGACAUGGAGGGACUGCCGGAAUUCUACGUCCUGUGUAAUACCUGGGAGCCCCCCGUGAGACUGCACCGAUUGCCAUCUGAUUCUCAAGAAUCUUUCCAGCUUUCUGCACCAGUGUUGCCAUCUGUUUCUUCCCAGCUCUUACUUUUCAGUGUCGGGGAUUGGUCUGGAUUGCCCCAUGAUAGUAAAUUUGAGGUCCAGCUGGAAGCAACUGGAGGUAAAAAAAUCAGCUUGGGAACACUGUCCCGUGAAUUUAGGUGUUUCAUCUGGGACUGUGAUUCGUGUAAAGAUACAACCUGUAUGUUGAAGGACUCCAAGGUGCAUGUCGCCAUCCUUGUACAAGGGCAGCUACAUCAGAAGAAGAAUCGACCAAAACAAGAAAGCAGAAAGAGAAAACGAUUGAAGGAUGAAGAGAACAUUUGCCCUAACAAGGGGCUUGUUAAAGGUGAUGCAGCAAAAUCGAAGAAUAAGAACAGCAAAAGUGCUCCAUUGCCCAAGCCAGUAGCUGUUGCAAAAACAACCAAUGGCAUUUCAGGUGUCCCAUCAGGACGUUGGGGUCAUACUUUAUGCCCUGCUGAUUCUGAAACCGUGAUACUGAUAGGGGGGCAAGGGACGCGCAUGCAAUUCUGUAAGGAUUCCAUGUGGAAGCUCAAAACAGAGAAUAACACAUGGUUUCCUGUGGAGGCAGUGGCUGAUGGUUCUACUCCAGAAGCACGCACAGGUCACACUGCAGUCUUUGAUCCAGAGAGCUGCCGGAUUUAUGUGUUUGGAGGUUCCAAAAACAAGAAGUGGUUUAAUGAUGUUCAUAUCUUGGAUACAGAGGCUUGGAGAUGGAGAAUUGUUGAGGCCCAGGGAAAAGUUCCUCCUCUCUCUUAUCAUUCUUGUUCCCUAUUUCGGGGAGAAUUAUUUGUAUACGGUGGGGUAUUCCCUCGUCCAAACCCACAACCAGAUGGUUGCAGUGACUCAUUAUACAUCUUUGAUCCUCAGCAUGAAAUUUGGUAUCAGCCCAUUGUUUCAGGAACAAAGCCUUUGGCUCGCUCAGGGCACACUGCCAGCUUAAUAAACCGGGAGCUUUACAUAUUUGGAGGUUGGGACACGCCGGUGUGUUAUAAUGAUCUCUUUCUGCUCGAUCUGGGACUUAUGGAAUUCUCGCCAGUUGAGGUGAAUGGUAGCUCCCCCAGUCCCCGAAGUUGGCAUUCAGCUGCCUCAGUGUCUGAUAUUUCUUUCCUAAUCCAUGGAGGCUAUGAUGGAAAUCAGGCAUUAACUGACACCCAUAUGUUUAAUACAGUGACAAAGACUUGGACUGCUUUGGUUCACAAAUCAUUGCCUCGUUCACCCCGCGCAGGGUACGCUAUGCUGACCCUCCCCGCUGUGCAAGAGGAAAGUAAGGAUUGCAGUCCUCAGGAAUUGCUGAUCUUUGGUGGAGGAGACAACGAGGGGCAGUUCUACUCUGAUACUGUCAGACUGCAGAUAACAGAUAUUGUGAAUCUCUAGAGUCCGGACUUUGCUUCUGUUUAUAAAUCUGACUUUUUAUUUUGUAUAUAAACAUGUAUUGUAUAGAAUUUUAAUAAAAGCUGAUUUGCUUAAAGUGGUAAUAAAAUGGCUACUUAAAUACAAAUUAAGUGGGCCCCCCUGCAGGGUAGGGUUAAGUCGUAAUGUACUCAUAUGCACAGCAUACUAGCACAUUUUGACACUUGCCUGUAAAGCGGCUCCCUCCUGCACAUCGUUGUUAUGGAUACCUGGCGCUGCCAUCUUCACCCGCUCUGCCUUCCGGGCUCGUGGGCUCUGGCUGUGUGACUGGCCAGAGUCAUGGCGAGUCGGGUGCCCUUGGCUCCGGCACUUGGCUCUCAAGGUACGACACUAGUAUGCUGUCCCUUUAGAGCGCAUGCACCGGUGACGUCACUGGCAGCAUCGCUUGUGAAUAUCUCCUAAACAGUGUAAGUUUAGGAGAUAUGCACUGUACC